CGAAACUCCCCCUUCCAAGUCAAAUUUCUUUCUCGCUUCACAGUAACCAUACCGAGGUUUAUCAGCCUCUGCACAUCAAUGUUGGUAAUUCGAGAUUCGUGGUUUAGUAAGGUGGUUCUGGCCUCUUAUUCGCUCAUGUUCAUCAAGUGACACGAUACACUAGAUCGGAUUUCGUCAGAUCUGCAUUCAACUGCAGGAUAUGCAAAAGAUGUGUUCCUGGAAUAAUUUCACGAUCUUUGUACUUAAGCUCGGCUUUCCUGAGAAAAGGCCGAGGAGUGCUCAGCUUCUUCCUCUACGUGCUUGACCAUUACUUUAGGCUGCAAAAUUCCUUGUUGCAAUCUUUCAUAUCAAGAGAAAAAGGCGUACCAAAUUGACGAACUAUGUUUGGCUCCUCGAGGUACUUUGGCCUCAGAGGCCAGAGAUUGAAUCUCGCCGUCGGCAUAAUUGCUGGCGUGGAUUUCUUGUGAGGAAGAAACAUGAAACUUUGUUCAGUCUCAUUCGCUAACAGACAACAGUCUCUUUGGAUAUGAUCAAGGUGUGAUGGGAGGACUGUUGACACUCGGAAGUUGGGUAAGUUGCAAAAUGCAGGUAUUUUGAAGCGACGUUCAACUCUAACAUUUACAGGUAAAACAAUUCCCAGAAAUAGACUCAAUCAACAACCAGGACAGCCCCAAUUACAACCAUAUCAGUACCAUCCAAGGAAUCACAGUAGCCUCCUACAACAUUGGUUGUUUCCUGGGAGCGAUCCUCACAAUAUUUAUCGGUGAUAUACUUGGAAGGAGGAAGAUGAUAUUUCUUGGCUCGGCUAUUAUGGUUGUGGGCGCAGCGUUGCAAACUUCAGCAUACAGUCUUCCACACUUGAUCAUUGGCAGGAUUGUUACUGGCUUUGGAAAUGGGAUGAAUACCUCCACUGUGCCUACAUGGGCCUCGGAGACUUCCAAAUCUCAUAAGCGAGGGAAGAUGGUUAUGAUCGAAGGUGCUAUGAUCACUGGCGGCAUUGCUACAUCUUAUUGGGUGAGAGAGCCUGUCUUUUCUGAUCCCCUUACGAGUACAUCUACUAAUCGUGCUAUUCAUAUGAUAGAUUGACUUUGCAUUCUCGUUUUUGGAACCAAAUCCAGUGGCAUGGCGAUUUCCUAUCGCGUUCCAAAUAUUCUUCGCGCUUAUAUUAUUGGUUUUCAUCAUGGAAUUGCCCGAAUCACCCCGAGUGAGUUCUCGGACUGCUACCGUAUAGGAUGUUGUUGUUUCACGACUAACUUUAGCAGUGGCUCAUUCUCAAAGGCAACGAACACGAAGCUCUCUCUGUGAUCGCAGCCUUAGAAGACCUGCCAAGCGACGACCACAUUGUACAAACAGAAUUCGCCGAGAUCAAAGACACCGUCAUAGAAAUGAAGGCCUACGGCUGGAGAGAUCUUUUCUCCAUGGGCCCAGAGAAGAACUUCCAUCGUGUCGUGCUAGGGUAUGUGAACCAAGUAUUUCAACAGGCAUCGGGAAUCAAUCUUAUCACAUACUACGCACCUACCAUCUACAAACAAUAUAUCGGGCUCGAGGGUAUCACCCCUAGUAUUCUUGCUGCGGCAAACGGAACUGAAUACUUCAUCGCUUCAUGGUUCGCUGUGUAUACUAUCGAGAAGUUUGGGCGUCGUCAACUCAUGCUUUUUGGAGCGGCAGGUCAGGCGGGUUCAAUGGCUCUGCUUGCGGCCAUGACCUACCUAUCUGGUGUCGGCAUAGGUGGUUCAGUACCAGGAAUCUUGUCUGCUCUCCUGCUAUUUGUUUUCAACACCUUCUUUGCAAUUGGUUGGCUAGGUAUGUAUUCCACUUUCCCAACCCAAACUCCUGCUUACACACUCUCCAGCUAUACCAUGGCUCUACCCCGCGGAAAUCGUCCCUCUCAAAAUUCGCGCACCAGCAAACGGUCUCUCUACGAGCGCCAACUGGGCAUUCAAUUUCAUGGUCGUAAUGAUAACCCCCGUCUGCUUCUCCUCGAUAGGCUAUCAAACAUACAUCAUCUUCGCCGUCAUCAACGCCUUCAUAUUCCCGGUCAUCUACUUCAUAUACCCCGAAACCGCGCUGCGAUCACUUGAAGAAAUCGAUAACAUCUUCCGGAAAACUAAGGCUGGGUGGAGAGGCUGGUUCGAUGUUGUUUCUGUGGCGCGUCUGGAACCGCAUCGGUAUGGCAAGAAUGGUGAGCUUUUGAUGGAUUAUAAUGGCGAGGAACAUUUUGGUGCUAGGAGGGAUGAGAGUGAGGAGAAGGAUAAAGCUCAUAGUCGGGGUAUUGAGGAUAUUGCUGUGGAGGGGGAGGGUAGGGAUGUGGAGAAAAGG